UUCACUGCCUCCUUCGCCCCGGGGCCCCCCUUCCCGGCCAGUCGGCGGGCAAGACGGCUGGGUGUGCAGCGUCCUUGAACCCACGAGCGAGCGAGCAGACCCUUCGCGCCCCCAGGGACUCCUGCCCACGCCAUGGAUGAUUCCGAGCGCCUCUCGGCCCCCGGCUGCUGGGCAGCCUGCACCAGCUUCUCGCGCACCCGAAAGGGAAUUCUCCUGUUUGCUGAGAUUAUAUUGUGCCUGGUGAUUCUGAUCUGCUUCAGUGCCUCAACACCAGGGUAUUCCUCCCUGUCGGUGGUUGAGAUGAUCCUUGCUGCUAUCUUCUUUGUCAUCUACAUGUGUGACCUGCACACCAAGAUACCAUUCAUCAGCUGGCCCUGGAGUGAUUUCUUCCGAACCCUCAUAGCGGCGAUCCUCUACCUGAUCACCUCCAUAAUUGUCCUUGCUGAGAGAGGAAAACACUCCAAAAUCGUUGCAGGGGUACUGGGCCUAAUUGCUACGUGCCUCUUUGGUUAUGAUGCCUAUGUCACCUUCCCCCUUCGGCAGCAAAGACAUACAGCAGCCCCCACUGACCCUGCAGAUGGCCCAGCAUAGGCAAAUUCCCUUCAUUCUGCAGCCUGCAAAUAAGUCCUCCAUCGAAGUAACUCCUCCUCGCCCCCAGAACAACACUCCCAGCCAACCAAUUCCCAGCCCCCUAUUGAGGUAAAAGUGCCUUUAUUGGGAGAAUUUUGUCUUCCAGCCUGCCAAUCAACCCUCCUGGGCAUGGCCACCUUUAUGGGUGUAUCUAGGUCCCCCUUCCUUCUGCAGUAUCCAAAAGGAGACACCAGUUCUGCCUGGACCACGCCCCCAUCUAAGCCACAAAAUGAGGGAGGAGGGUACCCUAGACUUCAGGCCCCAGGUUGGGACCCACUCCAAACAACCUCCUCGGUGUGGGGUGGUUCUAUGGAGGGAUAAAUAAAUAAUAAUAAACAGA